AUGAAUAAAGAGGAGCUCCUACAACACCUCCUGAAUACCCUGUCUCCCGACAAUGCCUUACGGAGCUCAUCUGAACGGAGCCUGGUGGAAGCUUUGUCUGAGACAGGCGUUCUUGCAGACUGUCUGGAGAUCGCUACCGAACAAUCGUUGCCGUCUCAUAUCCGGCUUGUCGCCAUCACCUUCGUUAAGAACCGGAUCCGCAACUCGUGGUUCAUCUCGGAGCGUUCUCCGGAGCAACUGUUAGCACACCGUAUCAAGCCCGAGGAGAAAGAGCGCAUCAAAUACCACCUGAUCCCGGCAAUUCUCAGUUGCACAGGUAACCAGGCUGUUCUCAAACAGCUUACCUCCUCUAUGGAGCACAUUCUUCGUUUGGAGUCUACAUGGGAUACGGAGCUUCUGGAAUCGGCACAAAAGAUGCUCAGCGAGCACUCAGACAAUUUCGACUAUGUAUAUGCCAGCUUACUUCUGAUCUAUCAGGUCUCGAAAUACCACCGUUUUGAUGCCCUAGAAAACAGGACUUUUAUGAACACUCUUGUGGCUAAGUUUUUCCCUGCACUCGAGACACUCCUAGAAUCAUACAUUGCCCAGAUACCGUCCAACACCCAGGUGGCUCAGCUGAUUUAUUUGGUCCUGAAAAUAUACAAGUACAGCACUUACACUGAGAUGCCAAAUUACUUCACAAAUGACCUGAAUCUGCUUAGCAAAUGGUGCGGCUACAUGUUUCAGAUCAUCGAUUUGGACAACUCGGGUCUUCGGGAGCUCAACGCUGUUGAGCUGUCGAGCCACCCUGUGCCCAAGUGCCAAAAAUGGUCAUUUGCAAACCUCCAUAGACUGAGAACGCGACACUGCACUAAUGAAAAUAAUCAAGCACUGCAGCAGAACCUGAUUACGCAUUUUCUCCCCACAAUUCUCCAGCACUACUGGUCCGUCAUUGGCAGAUGGACACAGUCAAAGAAUGAGCAUUGGCUUAGCGAGGUGUGUCUCUACCACCUGGUGGCAUUCAUCAGCGAAUGCUUGCAGUAUGACGGCAUUUGGGGAUCCAUUAAAGAACAGCUCGAUCCGCUGAUCCGUCACGUGAUCGUCCCUAUGCUGAGCGCGUCUGAGGAGACCGUAGAGCUGUUUGAGGACGAUCCUCAGGAGUAUCUUCGGAGGUUCUAUGACAUAAACCACGAUUCCAAGACUGCAGACGUUGCUGCCAACGAGUUUGUGUAUGCGCUGACUUACAGGCGGUUUGAGGAGUCUGUUGUUGUGGUAAUGAACAUUUUGAAUGAGAUUUUCCAGAGCAGGCAGCAAAACCUGGCUGACGAGCAGAUUGCGCACAAAACUGAAGCCGGUUUGAGACUUCUCAGCAAUGUAUGGAUGAAGCUCAAUAAACCAAGCAGCCCAAUGAGAGAUCAGCUGGACGAGAUCACAAAGUCGUUCAUUCUGCCUCAGCUUUCGGACAGCAAGUACAAGUGGCUGCAGACCAGGGCCUGCGAGACAAUCGCCCUCACAACACAUAACUACAAGGAUAUUCAGCUGCUUUCGAGCGUAUUCCAGAAUGUGAUGAACUGUUUCGCGAAAACCAGCCCGCUUCCCUUGCGAAUCGAGGCUGCUGAUGCUCUGCGGUAUCUAGUCUCUUACGAGCCAAUUGCCAAUGAGGUGUCUCCUAGAAUAUCUCUUGUGAUGUCUGAGCUGCUUGAGAUGAGCAACAAUUUUGAGUUUGAGCUUAUCAACGAGAUCAUGGAUGAUGUAGUGUCGAAGUUUGCCAAGGACCUCGAACCGUUUGCCACGCAGCUGGCUUCCAACCUGAACACGCAGUUUUUGAGAAUUGCAGAGGAGCUGUUGAGGUUGCAAAACGUGGAUAGUGACAAACAAAGCUCAGAGGAGACGGAUAAAGAGUAUCAGGCUGCGUCGAUCCUGAAUACGCUCACCACCAUGAUCACCACCAUGACGUCUCAAAAGGAGAUAACUUUUGGACUAAUGAAGACGAUCGAGCCAGCUAUCAGAUUUGUGCUGGAGAACGGGCUUGCAAUCUUCUUGACGGAGAUUAUGGAUCUUCUGGAGUCCAUAAACUACACGUUGAAGGUGAUGAUCCCUGAAUCGUGGAACAUUUUCCAAUGUGUGAUGGACUCAUUUGAAAAUUACGGAUUCGAAUACUACGACAACUACGAGCCUUAUUUUGAGACCGUAUGCAUUCACGGGUUCAGAAAUUCGGACAUCGCCAAUGACAUGCAUUUGCAGCAGUUUCUUACUGCCAUCCUGAGGUUGCUCGAGACCGAUGACUACGAGUCGGAUAUUGGCCUUGUGGAAUUUGUUUACAACCUGCUUUCUUCUGUCAUUUUGUCGGUUGGCCCAAACAUCGAGCCGGUUCUGCCGCAAAUUUUACAACCAGUGUUGCAGACGGCUGCGAAAAUGCAGGCUGAUCCAAACGAUGACGACAUCUUUCAGGACACCCUUAAGCCGUUCCUGAAAAUAUUUAUUUCUUGCUGCUUCGUUCGUCCCGUGCAAACGUCGCAGCUGAUCGGUGAGCAGUUCAUGAAAUUCAUUGAGCUGUGGUUCAAUAACGAAAAUAGGCUCUCUACGGUUUUCGAUCUCAAGUUGCAGAUUCUGGCCUUGAUUUCGCUCUUGACGGCAGACACGGGCAUUUUAUCGAACUACAGUGAUGUGAUUUUGCACCGCUUGAUUGCGUGCUUUGAGAAACUGCCCGCUGCCAUCGAGAAGCGCGUCAUGCUUAUGAAACGUGACAUGGCAAUCACACAACUAGUCGAGACUGGUGAAUAUGACGGAGAAAUAUUUGGCGAGCACGACGACGAUGAAGAAUUGGACCAGCUCACAAAGGACUCGCCUCUGGACCCAAUCAAUGUGGUGGAGGAAUUUAAGUCGUUUGUCUCUAGAGAACAGCAGAGACUGAAAGACUUGCUGCCUCCUGAAAAGCAGCAGUUUGUCCAAGACCUGAUCAGUAAGUAA